UGGAAAAAUUGUUAAUUAUUUUUAAGACAACUGAUCAGAAGAAAGAUGUCUUCAUUUAUACAAACACCUGUAAAGAAGACACAAGCAGUGGAUUUUGUUAAACCAUUAUCAAACUAUAUCAAGAAUACUUUUUCUGGUGAAGUUUUGAAUGAAAACAAGGAUACACUUGUGGAAUUAAAUCAACUAAGGGGAAAUGCUGUUGUGAGAUCCUUAGACAAGCAUGAAUCAUCAUUGGAUGUGAUACAGAGAUAUUACGACCAGCUUGUAACAAUGGAAGCAAAGUUGCCCAUCUCUGAAGAUCAGAUCAGGGUUUCAUUUACUUGGUAUGAUGCUUUUGACAAGGGUUCCAUAUUUGGGUCUACUAAAACAACAAUAAGCAGUGGUGCAUAUGAAAGGUUCUGUGUUUUGUUUAACAUUGCAAGUCUAUUGUCACAGUUAGCAAACAGCCAGAACCAUACAACAGAUGAUGGAUUGAAAACUGCAGCAAAAUACUAUCAACAAUCUGCUGGUAUCUUUACGUAUUUAAAAGAUAAUGUUUACCCAGUGCUACAGACUUUACCAACACCUGAUCUAGCUGUUAGCUCGUUAGGUGCCGUAAGCGCCAUUAUGCUUGCACAAGCCCAGGACUGUUUCUACAAAAAAGCAUCCUCAGAUAAAAUGAAGGAUAGCAUUGUUGCUAAAGUUGCAAUGCAGGCUGCAGACUAUUAUCAAGAAGCAGUGCGAGCUGCAACUCAUUACGAAGUGAAAAGCAUGUGGGAAAAGGAUUGGAUUCCAUUGUUACAAUGUAAACAAGCUUAUUUUGUUGCACUCUCUGAGUACCAUCAAUCCAAUGUAAAUGUCGCUGCAGGAGGAUAUGGUGAACAAGUUGGAAGACUACAGAAAGCUGACAAAUUCAUAAGUGAUGCUAUCAAGCAAGGAGGACUGUACACUCCAUCUGAGGUGAAGACAAUGUCUGCCACCAUUACUAAAACCUUGACGCAAGCAAAGAAAGACAACGAAAUCAUCUAUCUUGAUAAGAUACCAAGCCAGGAUGCGUUAACAGCCAUUGGUCGUGCGACGCUUGCUAAGCCGCUGCCUAUCACCUGCCCGUUGAGCAGUAAUUUUGUGGACUUGUUUACAAAACUGGUACCAAUGGCGGUACAUCAAGCACUGAGCGCUUACGAUAAUGCAAAAGCAAAUGUUAUAAACGUGGAGAUUGGAAAAUUAAGAGAAGCAACGCAAUUCCUUAACGGCAUUCUGGCAUCUUUGAAUCUUCCAGCAGCUAUUGAAGAUUUGUCUGGAAGUAAAGUCCCGCAAUCUGUGUUAGAUAAAGCGAAAGAAUUGAGAGAAAAGGGAGGUCUGGGCAGUAUAGAUCAACUCAUGCAAAAUUUACCUGAUUUGUUGACAAGAAAUCGCGAAGUUCUCGACGAAUCGAUUCGUAUGCUAAACGAAGAGGAGCGCGAAGACACGCAAAUGAGAGAUCACUUCAAAGAGAGAUGGAACAGAACUCCUUCGGCUAAACUCACAGUUCAACUACGAGAAGAAGAAGCUAAAUAUCGUAACAUUUUAGACAACGCUACAAGCGCUGAUGGAGUUGUUAAACAGAAAUACAACGAGCAUCGACGCUCUCUUGAAAUUCUCGGAAAAUCUGAUUCUGAAAUUGCUGCGGCUCUUCCGAAAGGAGAUUCCUCUAUUUCUGGUGCUGGUGGUGACGCAGUGACUCAACUUCGUCAAUACAUGGAAGAAGUCAAUCAAACGAAAAAAGCGCGAGAAGAUUUGGAGAAGGAGUUCAAAGGAGCCACUGUUGACAUGCAGAGUAAGUUUCUGCAAGCCCUCGCAGCAGAGGGUUAUUUAGACGGUGAAAGAUUAAUCAGCCAUAAUUUGGACGAGUUGUAUAGUGAUUUGAAAAAACAGGUGGAGGAGAUCUUACAAAAUCAAACAGAGCUUGUGGAAAAGAUUCAGUCAGCCAACGAUAAAUUUAACGCUGCCAAGCAAAGUCAAGGUGGGGCUAACCCACGUGAUCAAAUGUUGAAAGAUCUUGCUGCAGCUUAUGACGCUUUUGUCGAAUUGUCUGCAAACCUGCAAGAAGGAACUAAAUUUUACAACGACUUGACUUUGAUCCUGUUAAAAUACCAAAGUAAAGUCAACGAUCUGGUAUUUGCAAGAAAAACUGAGAAAGAUGAUCUUUCCAAGGACCUGCAACAACAAGCUGCAAAAGGUACAUCAGCCCCUCCACCAUCCGUUCCAUCUCAUCAUCAAGGUCAACCACCACAGCCGACAAGUAGACCUGAUCGCCCACCACCACCACGUCAACAACAACCUCAGCAACCUGUUCCCGCACCAAGACCCACUCCACAAGGUUCAGUUCCACCACAACAGCCGUCACAUAACCCAAGUGCGCCCUACCCGACACAACCUGUGUAUAUGCCACAACCUGGUUAUUACGCGCCGCCCGGUGGUAUGUCAGCUUAUGGCGGUGGUUAUUAUCAACCACAGGGAUACCAGCCUGCACCACAACCUUACCAAGGUCAGCCUUACCAAUACCAACCCCAACAAGGGCAAUAUGUACCGCCAUACGCCCAACAGCAGCCGCCCAUGGGGUAUCAAGGUUACCCUUAUCAGCAACCACCGCCACGACAAUAAAAACAGUUAUUUUUCAUGUUACCAAAAAAUUGAAACAUAUUUGACGUGAUAAUGGCUGGUUCAAGUUUGGACGCAUUACGCAUUGUGUACUGUUGAUAGAAGUAAAAAUCAAAUUUUUUUUUGUUUCUUGUUAAUAUCUUGUUUGUUUAGAUUUUGGAUGCUUGUUUGUUUGUUUUGUUUUGUUUCGUUUGUUUUGUUUUGUUUGCUUGUUUGUUCCAUUUGACACAAGUGUUUUAUCCAAUAGUUUUUCUGUCAUCUCGAUGAAAGCUGAACGUUGAAGCCUUUGAAUUUUAAGAAUUAAGUUUUUUGGCGGCUGUCUUCGUAACAUCUUUGAUUUCAUGUUCUUUUUUAGUACGUGUUGUGUCCCAAAUACAUUUUUUUUUAUCAAUUGAACAAAUUUUAAUGUGUUACUUUACUUGAUUACAUACAAAGACGUCUUUUUGUAUUUGGUAAACUAUGAAUUUCAUGAAACAGUGAAUACUAUAUUAAAAUUAAAA